CUCCCCACGCAUGCGCGCUUGACAGGUUGGUGUGGAGGGGGAAAAUGGCUGCUUCGGCGGCAACGGCGAGUUGUCCCUCUGCCCUGUGCCCCAAUUACGCUGUCAUUUGCUCCUUUCUCGAGCGGUACGGAGCGCAGCUGGACCUGCCGGAGCUAACCUUCCCGCAGUUAGAGCGAUACCUGCGGGACACAUCCUCAGUCCCUAAAUUGCUAGUCGAUCUUCACGUCAAGUUGCUGAGGAAGAUUGGGAAAUCGGUGUCAGCGGACAGAUGGGAAAAGUAUCUAGUCAAGAUAUGCCAAGAGUUCAACACCGCAUGGGCAUGGGAGCUGGAAGAAAAAGGCUACAAGAGCAUGACAGUAGAAAGCAAGACAGCUAUCCUUAAAUAUCUGUGUGAGUGUCAGUUUGACGAUAACUUGAAGUUCAAGAACGCCAUCAAUGAGGAGGAACCGGAAAAGAUGCGCCUGCAGCCCAUCGGCCGCGACAAAGACGGCCAGAUGUAUUGGUUCCAGCUGGACCAGGACAACAAUGUCCGCCUCUACGUGGAGGAGCAGGACGACCUGGAUGGCGCCUCGUGGAAGUGCAUAGUCAGAGAUCGCAACGACCUGGCGCAAGUGGUGGCUUUGCUGAAGACGGACAUUGAUCCGGAGCUCUUGAAGAGUGAUGCCAAAAGUGAAGAAGACAAAUCAGGUAACGUGAAGAAAGGUGAGAGUUCAUCAGAUGAAGAGAACAAAGACUCCAACAAAGCGGCUCUCCAUUUAUCACCCAAGAUGGAAAGCAAUGGAAAAGUCGAUCCCGCAGAUGAGCUCAAAUCCGAAACGACUGAGCUAAAACCAUCCGUGAACGGCAUACCUAACAGCACGUCAGAGAAAUCGGGUGAUCACAGUGUAGCAAUUAAAGAAGAGCCAAUGGAUACCUCCGAAACCAGCACGGAGAUGCCGUGCGGGAAUCCUUCCCCUAAGCACUCCCCCGAGGAGUCCAAGAGGAACAACGUGGACGAGAUCCAGCAAAUGAAGAAUGAGCAGCAGGCCAAGAUCCCUCUAAAGAAAAGAGGCAUGAAAUUCACACCAGUGUCUCAGCUCAAGGACAACACCAAACCCAACACUGGACUCGAACGGAUACGCGACGGGAAUGACCACAUCAAUGGCGAAGUCCAGCCCACGUCACAGCCUCAUUUAAGUGGAAAUGACUCCGCAAAGGAACAGAAGGAACCUCACUGUCCGGAGAAGGUUCCAACAGAGAAGAAAUUGUUGUCGUCAUGUUCUGAGAAAGCUAAAGACAAGUCGUCCGAUCAAAAAAAAGAUAGGAAUUUAGUCAAGGCCAAGCCCACAGAUAAAGACAUUGAAUUGUCCACAAAGAGCAGUGUGGACACAUUAGAGAAAAUGGGUUUGAAUUCAAAGAACUGGGAGACCUCAAAUCACGAGGUCACAGACAAAGAGCACAGCUCAAAAGAUUCAGAAAAAACUAAAAAAUUCGAGAAUGUGGACAUUGCAAGAGAAGAAAUGAAGUCGGAGCUGAAAGAAAAGCAUAUCAGCGAUAGUAAAAAAGAUUGCUCGCAGGUUGCUGCAGAGGAAUCGCAGAAGAACAAAGCUGGGACCAAAAUCGAGGAAGUGCAAAAAGAUUCCGUGGGGAGCCAAGAGGUAGCGCAAAAUCUGUCAGUCAUUAAAAAGGCUGACGCGGCGGCAAGCCAGAAAUCUCAAGAAUUAUCGGAGUCGUCUGUAAUCAAAAAGGCGCACUUGCUAGAGUCGUGUCAGGACACGGUUAAUAGCGAGCCCGCGAGAGCAAAUGGUGCUACGGCUACCAAAUCAGAAAAACCAACAAAAUCAGAAACGAAUAAAGACGACCAGUGUUUGGAUGACGCCAAAAGGGGCGACUCACUGCUUAAGACUGCAAAAGAAGAUGUAAAUAUUUCCAAACCUGACCUGAAAAAAUUACAACAGAAUGAUCAACUUAAAACUGUUGCAUUUAAAACGCCAAAAAACGCUGUUGCAAUAGAGCCCGGCUUAGAUCAGGGGGCACCAUCUUUGGAAAACAACAAGGACGACAAUGCCAAGAAGAAGCAUGAAUCUCCAGAGGGCAAAAGCCUAAAGGAAUCCACAAGGGAUGAACUUUCAAGUCGCAAAAAAACGAUCACGAAAGAUGCCAUAGAUGAAAUCAAAGCAGCAAAACCCACUGGCCAAAGCACGACUGAAGAAAGCGUCAUCAAAACUCAAGGAGCCAAAAGCAAAAACGAGGAAGACGAGUUCAAGAAAGAGGCGGAAAGCAGCGACCGAUCUCGACCAGACCUCAAGCUCAAACUUCAAGAAAGUAAAUCAGAAUCCCGAAUUGACAAAAUUACAGUGAUAGAAGAAGGAUCCAAAACAGCUAGACCCGGCGACCAAAGAACAGAAGAAUGUGACGACAAACUGGCAGAAACUAAACAAUCAAAAAGCACAAGCAAGAGUGAAGAACUGGCUGCUCAAGAGGUGAAAAAAUGCACAAAGGAGGAAGCGUGUAAGAAAGAAGCAAAAAAUGGCAGCAAGGCUCUGCCAGAUGCAAACCUUCAAUGUAAAAAGGAUUCCAAAGCCGAUCAACUCUCCAAAACAAAGGAGAAAGUUUCUCCAGAUGAAUCAGAAAUUGUGAAAUUUAUUGAUACAAACAUAAGAACUGAGGAAGAGUCUAGUAAGGAGGGGGAUAAUGUCAAAGACUCACAGGACGCAAAGGUUACAUUUCAAAAUGAUUCAAAAACAGAAAAACUCUCCAGAGCAAUGGAGAAUGACCCUACUGACGGAUCACAAACUGCAAAAUCUAAUGAUCCCAAAGCAAUCGCACAGCAUGGCGUCAAAACAACAGUGAGAAUUGAACCAUUGGAUCAUACUGGUAAAGCAACUAAUGGCAAAACUGAGAGUCUGCCGGACACACAGCUCAAAUGUCAGAAGGAUUCCAAAUCAGAAAAAAACGUAACAGCCAAACCUAAUGCCCAAAAAGAGACUGAUGAGAGUGACGGCAAAAUCAAGGCUAAACCCGAACAAUCAGAAGACAAAAGCAAGAAAAAAGUGCAAACCGUUGACAAAACUUUGCCGGCCGCAAAGCAGAACUGUCAAGGAAACAUAAAGCAUCCCACUCAAGAUGUUCCAGAAACCAAUGAAACAAUGAAUGCGAAACCCGACGAUACAAAGACGAUAGAGUGUUGUGACGUCAAGGUUCAGGCUAAAACUGGAAAUCGUAAAUGGCAGGAAAGCCAGAAGGAGUCCACUGCAAGAAAAACUUCCAAAAAUGAUAACGCGGCAGAGAAAAAUAAGGCAGCUAAAAGCAAAAACCUUGAAGAGGCCGAGAGUCCGCCGGACAACAAACAUCGGCGUCAAAAGAAUGAAAAGGAUUCUUCUACUGAUAAUCUCAGUCAAAAGGACGUUCCUGAGGACGCACAAUCCAAAACAGAGAAACCCGACGACGGUAACGCGAGUGCAGAAUGCGGGCGCCUAGAAGGACCGGCAGACGAAGCUGAUGAAAGCGAAAGGAAAACGGGCGCCCGACGGAGAGUCAAGACAGUGGCCCAACGCCGCAGAGCAAAACUUCAGCAGGAGGACAAGCAGGGAGACUCUGAGUCGGACACUAACACCUGCGGGAUGUCCUUAAGGCGAUCGCCAAGGAUAUCCAAACCCGUGCAAAAAGUGGCAGAGGUCCUGGAGAAGAAAGAGGAAGAGGAGGAUGAAGACGAAGACGAGGAGGAAGAAGAGGUGAAAGUUGUUGUAAGGAAGCCUAGAGAGAAGAAGGUGGACCAGGAUGGUCAGGCCAAGCCAAAAGGGAGAAAGCGACGGAAGACACGCUGGUCUAACGUGCGUCCCCGCCACAAAAGGAAAGGCUCCGAGGACGAUGACGAGGACAGUGCGGAGGAGUCCAGCGAGGACGACGAGAGCGAGGAGCAAGAGGAUGACAGUGAUGAGGACUACAAGGUGGAGCGGGGACCCAAGAGGCGCCGACGCAACCGAGAGCGCCGCAGCUCCAACUCGUCCACGUCCACCGACGAGGACCUUCCGCCAAACGAUGACCCCUGCAAACACUGUGGCCUUCCCAACCACCCUGAACUGAUUUUAUUGUGCGAUUCGUGCGACAGCGGCUACCACACGGCUUGCCUGAGGCCGCCCCUCAUGAUCAUCCCCGACGGAGAGUGGUUCUGCCCGCCCUGUCAGCACAAAAAACUGUGUGACAAACUGGAAGAGCAGCUGGUAAGCCUUGACGCCGCGUUGAGGAAGAAACAGCGGGCGGAGAGAAGGAAAGAGCGUCUUAUUUAUGUUGGAAUCAGCGUGGAAAACAUUAUCACGCCCUCUGCGGUGUUGGAGGAGGAUGCGCAGGACCUGAUCGUCAAGGAGAAAGAAGCCAAGCGGAGUAAGAGCUGGGGCCGACGCUCCACCAGGGCCAAGAAGAACAUCAGCUACAGAUUCGACGAGUUUGACGAGGCCAUCGAGGAGGCCAUCGAGGAGGACGUCAAAGAAGCCGAGGGAGGAGGAGCCGGACGCGGCAAAGACAUGGCCAACAUCACGGGAAGCCGGGGGAAGGACAUGACCACCAUUAUCCAAUCGGAGGAGGGCAAGGAGAACGGCCGGCCGCCUCGGCCUAACGCCGGGCAACGAAAGAAGAAGCGGCGGCGCCUCAACGACCUGGACAGCGACAGCACCAUGGACGAUGAUGAGAGCGAGGAUGAGUUCUGCCUCAGCGAUAGCUCCGAGGAAGACUUUGCGGUGUCCGACAACGAGACGGCGGCAGAAACGGACGGCGAUUCCAACGGCAGCAACGACAGUGGUAAACGUCGCUCGUCUAAGUCCCGCGUCCGGAACUCACCCGAGCGACGACGUAGCUCUCGAAAGCGGCGGCGACCCAAAGGCUACUCUGACGACGAGGAAGUGGAGACGGAUGAGGAUGACGAAGAAGAGGAAAUCGUGAGUCAAGGUUCCAGCGAGUACAGCGACAGCGACCUGGACGUGAGCCAGCGGCGCUCGCGGAGGAGUCACAAGGCUCAAGUCAACUACUGCGAGACGUCCGAGUCGGAAGGAUCCCAGGCCGGAACCAAUCGGGAAAAAAGCAAACCCAGACGGCGUCUGGACAGCUCGGAAAGCGAAGCGAGCUUCUCCAGAGAUUCCGAGGACGCGUCGAGGGAACGUCGCUCCAAACGGCGAGCGGGCUCCUCGGAAGACGACGAGGGAAAACGCGAGUCGAGACAGCGCCGCCGUCGUCUGGCCUUGAAGCGGCGGAGAGCGUCAGAAGAGGAGGAAGACUCUGACGACGACUCUGACGAGUCCUCCGAGGAGGACCGCCCCGUCCGCAAACGCGUCAACCGCAUCGACUCGGACGACGACGAAGACCAAGAAGAAGAAAAACCAAAGGAAAAGAAGCUUCCGGAGGAAAAGGUUUCUGAAGAAAAGCCCGGGGAGGAGGUGAAAGCAACCAACCCGUCGGACUGCAACAACGGACAGACCGCCAAGGACGAGGAAGACGAAGACGACCUGCUGGGUGUCACGGACCUCGUGGACUACGUCUGCAAUAACGAACAAUUGUAGAAAACAAAAAAAAAACAUAAUGGUGUAUGAUUUCAUUUUUUAUCCUCUUGUAUUUUUUUAUAUUCCCUGACGUCUUCAUGUAAUAAAGUCUCCCGUUUCCAGUGAUCAUUCCGCUAGGACAGGUAAUAACACUAUUCCCUAGUUUUUAUACGCCAAUAUUAAAGUGUCAUGCAUAUAUGUGAAGGUGUGAAUGUAUACUUAUAUAAAAUAAUAGAUGACUAGUUUUUGUAUAUUGUACACAAAAACCAUUUUAACUGCCAUUUGUGAUUUUUCUUUCUUUUUUUCUACGUUUUGGGUGUGAAUACCAAUUUUUUUAAAACUAUAUAUAUAAUGUAUGGUUUUAUAUACAGUGGAACUUAUGAAGUUGACCACGUUAAUGUUAACUUUUUCGUGCCAUUGACGAUGAUAGAUGUCCAAUAAUGUGGCUCUGAAAAACAAAUAGUUUAUCAAUAGUAGAUGUCCAAUCCAUUUGAAAUGGAUUGGAUGUCUACGUCAAUGGCAACUAAUAAGUUUACAUUUUCUUGGUUCAAUAUCUGGGGUUUCAAUGUCCGUGUUCAUUGCUUGUGGUCUGGCAAAAACAAUGUAAAGAGUAUUAUUUUCUAUGUACAAACGUUUUUAAAGUAACCUGUUUUUGUAUUAUUGUCUCUUUUUUUUUUUUUUUUAAUAAGAGUACCUCAUUUUAGAAUUGCACGGCGCGUCGGCUCAAGAUGCCCCUAAGGGGUCCAAACGUGGCCCCAGAACCAGCACGGACCACUAUUUAUCAAUACAUGCUGAGUAAAAAAAGGAAAAAAAUGUGGUUCUGACUGUUGUAUGGUUGAUAUAAGCAGUAGCUGCAUGGGGAAAAAGACUUGCAAAUGAGUGGAAUAUUUUUCCCAUGUUACCUUGCAAUGAAUGUGGGAAGAAAAACCUUUGUGUAUAGAACUUAGCUGACCCCUUUUUUGUUAACUGUUAUUUCUUAUCUUGUACAUUUGUUAUAAUAAAAGCUGCUCCGAAGCCUGA